CAGGCCAACCCUGCCCUGGAGGCCUUCGGCAAUGCCAAGACCGUCCGCAAUGACAACUCCUCCCGAUUCGGGAAGUUCAUCCGGAUCCAUUUUGGCGCCACAGGGAAGUUGGCGUCAGCCGACAUCGAGACCUACCUUCUGGAGAAGUCCCGAGUCAUCUUCCAGCUGAAGGCUGAGAGGAACUACCACAUCUUCUACCAGAUCCUCUCCAACCAGAAACCGGAGCUGCUGGACAUGAUGUUGGUGACCAACAACCCCUACGACUAUGCCUUCAUCUCCCAAGGAGAGACUACGGUGCCAUCCAUCAAUGACGGAGAAGAGCUCCUGGCUACGGACAAUGCUUUCGAUGUCCUGGGCUUCACCCAAGAGGAGAAGAACUCUAUCUACAAGCUGACGGGCGCCAUCAUGCACUUUGGCAACAUGAAGUUCAAGCAGAAACAACGAGAGGAACAGGCAGAACCAGAUGGCACUGAAGAGGCGGACAAGUCAGCCUACCUGAUGGGGUUGAACUCAGCUGAUCUUCUCAAGGGGUUGUGUCACCCUCGGGUGAAGGUUGGCAACGAAUACGUCACCAAAGGGCAGAAUGUCCAACAGGUGAUUUACGCCGUUGGGGCCUUGGCCAAGGCUGUCUACGAGAAGAUGUUUAACUGGAUGGUGACCAGGAUCAACAAUUCUCUGGAGACCAAGCAGCCACGUCAGUACUUCAUCGGCGUGCUGGACAUCGCUGGCUUCGAGAUAUUUGAUUUCAACAGCUUCGAGCAGCUCUGCAUCAACUUCACCAACGAGAAGCUGCAGCAGUUCUUCAACCACCACAUGUUCGUGCUGGAGCAGGAGGAGUACAAGAAGGAGGGGAUCGAGUGGGAGUUCAUUGACUUCGGCAUGGACCUCCAGGCCUGCAUCGACCUCAUCGAGAAGCCCAUGGGGAUCAUGUCCAUCCUGGAGGAGGAGUGCAUGUUCCCCAAGGCCACAGACAUGACCUUCAAGGCCAAACUCUUUGAUAAUCACCUGGGCAAGUCAGCCAACUUUGGGAAGCCACGAAAUAUCAAAGGAAAGCCGGAAGCCCACUUUGCCCUCAUCCACUACGCCGGCACAGUGGACUACAACAUCAUUGGGUGGCUGCAGAAGAACAAGGACCCCCUCAACGAGACGGUGGUGGGGCUCUACCAGAAGUCAGCCCUCAAACUCUUGGCCAGUCUGUUUGCCAACUAUGCUGGGGCUGAUGCACCUGUGGAGAAGGGGAAAGGCUCCAAGAAGAAAGGUUCUUCCUUCCAGACCGUCUCCGCCCUGCACCGGGAGAACCUCAACAAGCUGAUGACCAACCUGCGGUCGACCCACCCGCACUUCGUCCGUUGCAUCAUCCCCAACGAGACCAAGUCUCCUGGCGUGAUGGACAACCCCCUGGUGAUGCACCAGCUUCGCUGCAAUGGGGUGCUGGAGGUUCGCCGCAAGGGCUUCCCCAACCGCAUCCUCUACGGCGACUUCCGCCAGCGGUACCGCAUCCUGAACCCU